UGCAACUUCUAUGCGCACUAGCACAGAAAGCGCACAAAGCCACAUAUAUGAAUCACUACAAAUUCCCUCUUUGCUCUCAGGACCCCAUCUUUCCUUCCACCUUAACACUCAAUACUCAUCCCAUCAUUGCCAUCGCAGAAUUCUCUUGCACUCUUUCCAUCAUCAAAACCUCGAAACCCUGAAUAUUUCUGGUUCUUGUGAUGGCUUGUUGAUAAGGAGCCGGCGGCGGCCUCCCUCUGAUCUUGGUUAUAAUGGGCAACUGCUGGUUUUCCAGGGAAUCCUCUGUUUACCGAGUGUCAUCCAAUGCUAAGUCAGACUCAACCAAAGACCAUAUUCAUUCCGUCAAAUCACGGAAUGAUGAUAGUAAGUUACCAUCCAACCCCGAAGAAGUGGAAGUCCUGCGCCGCGAUUCAGCUGCAAAGCCUUUGAUUGCCUUCACGUACGAUGAACUAAAGGUAAUCACUGGAAAUUUUAGGCAAGAUCGUCUUUUAGGUGGAGGAGGAUUUGGAAGUGUUUAUAAGGGUUUUAUUUCUGAGGACGUCAGAGAGGGCCUUCCUCCUCUUCCUGUAGCUGUCAAGGUACAUGAUGGUGACAACAGUCAUCAAGGGCACAGAGAAUGGCUGGCGGAAGUCAUAUUUCUCGGGCAGCUUUCUCAUCCAAAUUUGGUCCAAUUAAUUGGAUACUGCUGCGAAGAUGAACAUAGGGUGCUUAUAUAUGAGUAUAUGGCCAGAGGAAGCGUGGAAAACAAUCUCUUUUCCAGAGUAUUGCUGCCCCUGCCAUGGUCCUUAAGAAUGAAGAUCGCAUUUGGCGCUGCUAAGGGACUUGCAUUUCUUCAUGAAGCAGAGAAGCCUGUUAUCUAUCGUGACUUUAAGACAUCAAAUAUAUUAUUGGACCUGGACUACAAUGCAAAACUUUCAGAUUUCGGCCUUGCCAAGGAUGGACCUGUUGGGGACAAAUCUCACGUCUCCACUCGCAUAAUGGGAACUUACGGAUACGCUGCACCCGAAUACAUAUUGACUGGUCAUCUGACCCCUAGAAGUGAUGUGUACAGCUUUGGGGUUGUUCUUCUUGAACUUUUGACGGGAAGAAAAUCUCUAGACAAGUCAAGGCCCGCUCGGGAGCAGAACCUUGCAGAUUGGGCCCUUCCCUUGCUGAAGGAAAAGAAGAAAUUGUUGAAUAUAAUUGAUCCCAGACUAGAAGGCGAUUAUCCUAUAAAAGGAGUCCACAAGGCCGCAAUGCUAGCUUAUCAUUGCUUGAACCGCAAUCCAAAAGCAAGGCCUUUAAUGCGAGAUAUAGUAGAUUCAUUGGAGCCUUUGCAGCUUCACAAUGAGGUUUCUAUUGGAAAAACAUUGACCAUCAUCAGUGAGGUUCCUCAACCCGAAUUAAAAAGGAAAGAUGCUGAAUAAUCCCUCGAGGCUAGCCCUUCCUUUCUCUUGUCGCAUUUCUUUUCUCUGGUUUGAAGGGAGAGAGGUUUUGCAUGGAAAAUAGGCUAUUUCUUUCCAUUCUCUCUCUCCCCACCCUCGUCACAUGCAAUUUGAGUUUUGUAUGAACCAACCUCAAUCUAAACUGGCACAUGCAUAUUUGUA